AUGGAAGCCAAACGUGGGAACUUGGACGUUUUUCGAAAUCUCAUAAGCGCAAGAAAUUACGGCAGCAUCCCAGUAGAAGAGCGAAUGCUAUUCGAAGAUCGUUACCGAGAAGCGAUCCGAAACAACGAACCUGGCUGGGAUGACACCUUGGAGCCGUUGAAGUGUCCACAGACAGACGCGUAUCGGAAGAAAUUUGAAGAAGACCAAGCGAAGAUGCGAGUUCAGCGGAUGGAAGACGAAAUCCGCGCGAAAAUUAAUGCGGAAAAUAAGAGAGCAAGUGAACAGGCUGCACGAGAGGGGCUGCCCAGCACAUCGAGUUUAGUUGCACCUACGGGCAUGGCCAGCCUUAACGAAGACGAAAUGCAACUUGUACGACAAUCACUUAUCAUACAAAUUGAAACGAUAACGAAAGAUCCAGCUGCCAUGUCAGACGAGGUAUUCAAAAUGCUGUUGCGGGAGAAGAAACGACUUCAAGACGGGUUCGCGCCGGCACCCUACAUAAAGAAGGAAGUCGAAAGACGUAUGGAUGACUUACGUAAAUCUCGCCGAACCGAAAGUGAUGUGCUGCAAGCAUUCAGGAAUUUUAAACGGGACGAAGGCUUUAUACGACCACGUUCGCCCCCGCAUAGAGAAAGGUCACGCGGACAUUCACGAGAAUAUGAGCGAACUUCUGAACGACAGAGAGAAAGGUCACGCGAACACUCUCGUGAAAGGACACGUGACUACCGCAACGAAAGGUCACGCGAACGUUCUCAUGAUAGAGAUUACCGUGGCGGAAGAGGAUGGGUGCGCCAUGGAGACGAAGUUACGGAAAUGAGUAUUCAAAAACGGCGUGCGGAGACAUUCCGUACAGAGCCUGAAAAGCAAGGGCAUCAGGUGCCGAUGGGAGUCGCAUUCCGGAAUCGUAACGUCAGGAUGUCAACACCCGAAAGGUCAUGGGAUAAAAGACGUGAACAUACGCGAAAUCGAACGCCUGACCCACAGGAUAAAAGAUGGCAACAGAGAGCCGCAUUUUACGCGACCUUUGACUCGGGCGCAAGCAAAAGGUCAUCAAGCACUGAACGGGAAGAUUCACCUCCAAAGUAUCAGCGGGUAGAGUCAAUGGUUCACGUCGUGGAUCCAAUUGCGAGUGUCGUACAAGAAGACGAUGCGAUGGAAGGAACCAGCUCGAUUGCGGAAACGUCUCAAGAGAACGUGACCCAUCGACGAAAUGUAAUUCUGGAUAGUGACCUCCAACCGGAACAACCGGCGAGUAACGAACCGUUGCAGCCUGAGUCAGGAGAACAACGUGAACUGGAAGGUCAACGAGAACCGGAUAAUCAUCGCCAGGCUGAUCAGCGACAGAACUCCAGAUUUGACAACCGACGUCCUGAAAGUAUCGACAUGGAAUACAAGACGACUGAUAUUGAUGAGCAAACGGUCGAAAUUUGUCGAUACUUUGGACUUGAGCCGGAUUCGGUUGAAGCUAACAAGAUCCUCACAAUUUUGAGACAGUUGAGCCAAUUCCUACUUGACUCAGGUUACGCGAGAGAGAUUAAACAGGGAGUGGAACAAGGAACUUUUCGUCGAUUAUUCAUCCACCGCGAUUCAGUACGGGACUGUUAUCUCCCUAUCCGACGGAAUGGGCUACACAGUUUGGUGGAUUUAAGUUUAUUGGAUGUACCGCUGGAUACAACUGACCCAAUCGGGAUGACACAGUUCUAUUACAGAGACUAUCCCGAACGACAAGAAUACGUGGCUCAGUUUGUUUUACGACAUGUGAAUCCAGCUUUUAAGUUGCUUGCAGCAAGGGCAUCGAUAGGAUUACAGGUGGAUCCUAAGGACUAUGCCGCAAAAAGGAUGGGGCAAAAGGUCUUUGCUGCGAGACUGGCACAUUACAAGACACAAAAUCAACUGGUGUCUAAUACCAUGAAGGACGACAUUCCACCGUUCUUCCGAGCUCAUGUCGCUAAAUUGGGACAACCAAUGGAACAUAUCAGCAUAGCGCAUACAGCUCGCAAGGCGCUGAAAAAGUGUAAGACACGAAUGGAAAAGGGCAACUUGACACAGCGCCACGCAUCCCAAGUUGAAGAAAGGAUUAAUAAGAUCAAAGAUUCUCUGGGAAGCGACUACGUCGAACCGGUGGACGGAAUCGAAACUUACAUUGAUGAAUUCUUAGUGAAGAAAAGUGACCGUCGUCCAGACCGUGCGCCUAACCAGAUGGGACGACGCGGCAUCCGAAACCAACAGCUGCGGGAUAAUCUCGCCGACGUGCAGCGUCGAUUGGCGGAAGACCCUGAUAACCGCAGACUGCGACUCGAAGAGAAUGACGCACGCCAUCGACUUGAGGCGGUUAAGCGAAGUCGCCAAGGUAAAGGUCGUGGCCAGCGCGAAGUUGACCCGACAAAGGUCAUGGAAGUUGACUCGACGGAACCAGUUGACCGAACUUCCGAUCGAAACCAACCGGAAAGCGCUAAGAAACGCCCGCCGAGAGAUGGCGAGGGCGAUUCAAAUGAAAUGGAAUAGUGCUGAUCGUUAGGAUCACACUAUUAAAAGGACGUCUACGGCAUUUGUCGCGUUUAUAGCACAGAAUUGCCUAAAAGAAAUCAUGUGGAAUAUCUAUUGGGGUUGAAAUUGAUUCGGUCUAUAAAGCCGGCCCCAAGGGAGUUGCUACGGCAGUUAGCCGGCCCUCCUCUAAAAGCGACUCAGUGUUAUAAAUGCACAAGAGAAAACUACGGUAAUCAAGCCGGAUCUCUUGAAUACGAAACGGGGCCACAAGCGGCGAAAAAGAGAAAGACAACAGGUGGAAUAUUGAUGAGGUUAACUUAAUGCGGCAAUUAGCCGGCCUCAUUAGAGUUGUUACGGUAAACUAUGCCGGCACUCUUUUCAAGCGAUUCAGUGUUAAAAUUAAAACGAGAAAAACUACGGUAAUCAAGCCGGAUUUCUCGUACUAACGUAAGCCACAAGCGGCGAACAAGAGUCAAAGAUUUAAGGUGGAAAUUUCAUGGGGUAAACUCAAUCCGGUAAUUAGCCGGCCCCAUCAGAGAUGCUACGGUAAACUUGCCGGCACUCUGGCCGCUCGAGGCAUAUUGAAGUUGGAUGUGCGACGGAAAGGUCAAACUGUAAAUUUUACCAGGGAGGCAAGCAAGGAAGUGCUUGAAGCCGCAGAAAAUCGGCUAAGUUCCUCCAUGACCUUUAACAGAAGUUUUGACGAGUGGGAUGACCUUUGGGAUCAUCAAUUGCCCAACAGAGUCACCGUAUCGGAAUUCAAGUCGCAUGACCUUUGGGACUAUUAACCCAAAACGAGUCGCACAUCUCAACGGAUCAUCUCAACAAAGGAUGACCUUUAUUAGGGAGGAAGCGAACUACGCUUGUCUUCAUUGACGUCCCUCCAUGACCUUUAUUGGAUCUCAUUUUGAAGUCGUACGAAUGAUACGCACCAUAUUCCAAAGAGUGAAGCAGUAUUCCUAAGUCGUACUUGAUACGCACCUGAUU